AUGACGAGCACACCUAAAAACAAACCAACUCCUCAAAUGCCAACGGCGUCAUCCGGCGUACCGCCAAUGCGCAUCCGGCGAGCUAGAGCAGCUGAUCCGCUUGUACGCCCGAAAAGGAGGACCGCGGCGAAAGGCCCAGCCGAAGCGCUCAGAUCGUUCCCCGCGCGAGCAGCGCCGUCUAAUGCGCAAAUUGAUAAACUCAACAUACCCACAGCGAAAAGUGAGUUUGCUGAUAAUGGAUUCAGCGGGCCUCUACUCUCUGAAGCUUAUGUGGAUUACCCUCUCGUAACCACAAAGCGAGCGAUCAAGGAAAGUCUAAAGCAUCAUAUCGCGCGUUUCGCUUCUAAAAAGGCAGUGGAUCCUCGCGAUGAGUCUCAGUUUACAAGGCCUGUUAGGCUUCAACGCCGGGACCCGCGGACACGUUUACACGAGCUCAAUAUGGAUAAAGGGCAGGCCAGCCAAAGGCUUUCAUCGGAGACAAGCAACCAGGUUGACGAUGUCGAACGAGAAGAGAUGGAGGCCAGGAAAGUUGCGCGAGAGAAAGAGCGAGCAGACAAUCUUGCUCAAAUAGCCCCGUCCGUCGGGUCCGCCCCGAAGCGAACGAACGUUCCAAAACAAAAGACACAGCAGGUUUCUAAGACGGACAUGACGCCAGAAGAGAUUGCUCGGACUCGAAUCAAAUAUGAAGAGGCUUUACCUUGGCAUUUAGAGGAUUUUGAUAACAAGAAUAUCUGGGUUGGAAAUUACGAAGCGGCGCUAUCAGAAACACACGCGGUCUUCAUAUUUGGAAGCACGGGGAAAAUGACGAUGAUCCCAGUGGAGAAGUGGUACAGAUUUAAUGCCAAGAACCAAUUCAAGACGUUGACGAUUGAAGAAGCGGAGAAGUUCAUGGCCAAAAAAAUCAAAGAUCCCAGGUGGUUCAUGGAGAAGCAACAGGAACAAGCUCAACGACAGGAGCUAGAGAAAUUUGCCAGGCAAAGAAAGGUCUACGCUGGAAAGCAGGGUACCCCGGCUGCCGAGGGCCUAGAAGCGGAUGAUAUGGAUUUCGAAGAAGACCGCUUCGCCGAUGAUGAGGAGCACGACGAUUUAUUUGGUGAGAACGAAGAUGCGAAGGCGGCAGAAAAACGAAUAAAACAGGAUCAGCUCAAAGCGAACAUCUUCGACCUGAAGAACGAGAAAGAAUAUGAGGAGGAAGAAUUACGAGAAAAGAGGGAGAAGGAGGCUCGUCGCGUCCUUGGCAAAAAAGUUCGAAAAGCCCUCCAGAAGAGGGAAAAGAAUUACGAUUACAGCAGCGGCUCUGAUGCCAAUCCUUAUACGGAUGAGAGUUCCGACGAGACGGACGACGAGAAGCCCAAAGAGGACGAACGGAAGACUGAAGAAGAAAAAAGCAAGAAGGAUUCUGCUACCUCUUCAAAAGGCAACACUACUCCUUCAGGUCGCCCAAAGUAUACUGAUCCAUCGAAGAAACUUGCAGUUGGUGUCUCCCGGAAGCGUAUUGGGUCUCCCAAUGUAUCGGACGCUAGUGGGACAGACACAUCUCGCAAAAAGGGCAAGAGCAAGCACUCACCCUCGCAGAGUUCAUUACAGCCGGGUUCUCGCCCUAUGUCACCAGCCUCAUUUUCUGCGCCGGUUCGUAAUCCAGCCGGCCCAGGCGGAUUACCGACUAACGUAGCUCAGAUCAACAAGAAGCGCGUGCGGAAUACCCUUCCUGGCGCAGGCUCCGCCAGUGACAUUGAUGGUGGUGCGGGAUCGGCUGGAGAAAUGAGUGAAACCGGAAAGCCCAAGAAAUUGAAACUAAACCCUCCCUCGAUGAACCUUCAAGGGAUAACGCCACAGAGAUCCAGAGCUGGAUUCAAUGCCACCGGCCAGCCUCGUGUUUCGACUCCUGGACCUACGGCGCAAGGUUUCCCUAGCCCUGGUGAGAUCCAUGCUGCCAUUCCUGCAAGCGGUAUCCUGAGCACCGAUCUGCUAAAGAUUUUCCGACCACGUAUCGGUGACUCACGAGAAAACCAUAGAAAGUUUAUCGCCAUUGUUAAGGAUGUUGGUGUCUAUGGAAAAGAGGACCGUUUAUUACGUCCGGGCCCGUGGAGAGAAACAUAA